AAGCUGAAGAUAAGAUGGCCGUUCCCAAUACCUAUGGGGUGAUUUUUGCCUGUAUCUGUGGAGUGAUCAUGGGCAUCGGGCUAUGUGCCAACAUUCUGGUCUUCUCAUUGUUUGCAAAGUACAACACGCUACGUAAAAACCGCUUGGACAUCCUCCUCCUCAGCCUGACUCUAGCGGACUUCCUGACCCUCAUCCUCAUCCCCUUCACCCUCCACUCCGCCGUGAGCCACUCCUGGCCUCUGGGCGACGUCUCCUGCAAGAUCUACCAGUUCCUCCUCGCUUUCAGCCUGGCAGCGAGCACCUACUCGCUGUGCGCCGUGUCCAUGACCCGCGCCAUGAUAAUCACCAACCCGUACCGGCCGCCCACCAUGGAUCUAGUCGUCCUCAUGUUUGUUUUAGUCUGGGCCUUAAGUUUCUUCAUCAGCCUGCCUCUGCGAAUGUUUGCCACCAAGGAAAGUCUGAACCCGAGUCUGGCAAAUUUCAGCUUCUGCCUUCCAACCAUUCAUGAGCACCAUUACCAAGUGGUCCUAAGCCAAUUUGUACUUUACUACUUUGUUCCAAUGCUGGUCAUCGCCUUCAACUAUGUCCGCCUGGCUCUUUUUCUCCACAAGAGCCCUGUAAUGUCAGUGUCCAGCGCCAGGAACACCCGCAGAGCCUCUGUCAUGGUGUUCUUGGCUGCAGGCACCUUUUCAAUGUGCUGGCUGCCUGGUUAUGUGCUGGAGCUGUGUGUGUACCUGGGGCUGUAUCGUCACGGGCAGGCUUGGGAUACGUUCUACUUUAUUUGCACUCUGCUCCAGUACCUGCACCCCUGCAUCAACCCGGUGCUCUACGUUCUGCUGUCGAAGCGCUAUCGCCACAGGAGGGCAGGCUGGCUCUUCGGCUGCAGCAGGAACAGAGUGCAGCCACAGGUCAUCAGUGUCACCACGGACAGCCUUUAAGAGCAGCUCAUUUGCAAUGUCACUGUUGAUACAAGUCAACCAUUUCUCCAGAUGCUGCUUUUUGAUUUGUGAUUACUUUCGGUUCCUGUGCUUUA